AUGUGGCGCAUGCGUGGUGGCGCCACCAGGUGCGGGAGCUGCGGCGGCGGGGACGGCGGCGGCGGCGGGGACCGCCGCGGGCCAGGCCGCCCGGGCCGAGCUCGUGGGGGUGGCGGCGGCGACAGCGGCGGCGUGGGGUGGCGAGGCCGUGCGGGCGGCGCCCGACAGCAGCUGGAGGAGCGGUUCGCCGACCUGGCUGCCAGCCACCUGGAGGCCCUCCGCGCGCGGGACGAACGGGAGCGGCAGAACGCGCGGCUGCGCGAGGAGAACGCCCGGCUGCGGCUCGAGAAUCGCAGGCUGAAGCGCGAGAACCGCAGCCUCUUCCGUCAGGCGCUGCGGUUCCCAGGCGAGGGCGGCGACUGGGCGCCCGCCGAGGCGACCGCAGGCCCCGAAGAGGCCCGCCCGCCCCCGAGGGCCGGAGGCGGCGAGCCCGAGGACGAGGCGGGGAGCCCCCGGGCGCUGAGGGCUCGGCUGGAGAAGCUCGAAGCCAUGUACCGCCGGGCCCUGCUGCAGCUGCACCUGGAGCAGCGAGGAGCGCGCCCGCGCGCGGACAAGGAGGAGCCGCCCGUGCGGGCGCCCGAGCCGGAGCCCUCGGGGCCCUGGCUGUAG